UUAUACAUAUUUACCACAGGUACUAUCCCACCAAACCAAGUGAUAAUUAGAAAAACAUGAAAACCUGUCAUAUGCACUUUAGAUAUUUACAUUAAUGGAACAUUUUCAGUGAUACAAAGAUAGCAGGGGUGAUUGUGAGCCAUACUUCCUUCCUUCUCUGAGUGAUUCUAAGAAGAAGUUGAGUCACUAUCUCUCCCAAUAGCUCCUACCCACACAAGAAAGGAGAACAGUAACCAUUCAUCUGCAGUCGAUCAACACAACCAUGGAUUAUGCAAUGGAUUCAACAAAUGCAAGCACCGAGUACCCUGACUACUACAACCUGUCUCUGAACAUCAGUGACUACGGGUAUACAGAAGAGGUGAGGCAGGAGGAACAAAGCCUCUACAUACUGGCCAUCUUCUACUCCCUGGUGUUUGCCUUCAGCCUCUGUGCCAAUGUGCUGGUGCUCGUCAUCAUCCAUCGAUUUGAGAAGCUCACCACAGUGACUAACCUAUUUCUGCUGAACCUGGUGCUGUCCUCUCUACUCUUCAUCAGCAGUCUGCCCUUCGUCGCUGUGUACCAGCUGAGGUCACACUGGCCCUUUGGUAGGCUCAUGUGUAAGAUAGUGGGCAGUCUCUACUACCUGGGCUUCAACAGCUCUGUGCUCUUCCUGGCCCUGAUGACCUUUGACAGAUACCUGGCGGUAGUGUACUCUAUCAGCUCGGGGAGGUUGAGGAGUAGGGCCUAUGCUCUGGUUUCCUGUGGGGUUGUGUGGAUGGUCACUGCUCUGGCCUGCAUUAAACCCAUGAUUCGACAGAAGCUGAUAGUCCGGCUGGUGGACGACCGCAUCUUCUGCCAGGAGGAUGAACAGACGGAGAACCCGGUGUUGUGGGGGUUGGGCUUUUACAUGCAGCUGCUGCUCUUCUUCCUCUUCCCCCUGCUCCUUAUCAUCUACUGCUACAUGCGCAUCGCCUGCACCGUUCUGUCCUCUCACAUUGGCACCAAGUUUAAGACAGUGCGCCUCAUAUUUAUCAUAGUGCUGUUGUUCUUUACCUGCUGGACCCCCUUUAAUAUCGCCCUAUUGAUGCACGCAUGCGCCUCCACUCCUGAUGAACGUGAACAGUGGUCGUCUGUGCUGAAAGUUACUCAGAUUUUCACCCAUCUGUACUUCUGCAUCAGCCCCAUCUUCUACACUUUUGUGGGGAAGAAGUUUCAGAACUACUUUCUCAUGUUAGUGGUGAAACGUUUCCCAGAUCUAAGGAAGCACAUUUCUAUCAGUCAAAGCAAAACCAACAUUUCCACCAAAAGUACCCUCAAUGACCUGUAGACACAUGUCUGUAAGAUUGCCAAUUAUGAUUACCAGAUAUUUGUGUC